AUGAAUGCUUUUUUUGACGACUUUGUUCAUUCAAAAACCUCCCUCAAACAGUUUGUUGAGCAAUAUGACAAGGCGUUGAAGAGAAACAUCGAGAAAGAAAUGAAACUGGAUUUUCAGUCAUAUAAUUCAAGCUUGUCAGUUGUUUGUGGCUAUCCCUUGGAACGACAAUUUCAUAGUUUGUACACUAACGACAUUUUGAGGAUAUUCCAUAACGAAGUGGCUGGGAUGUUGUAUUGCGAAAUCCAAAAUAUUCAACAAGAAGGUCCAACUCAUGUUUUUGAUGUAUUAGAGAACAUUCUGGGAAGUGCAGGAGAAACCUUGAGGGACGUUUGGUUGAAAGUACACUACAACGCGAUGGGGAAUUUUGUACAAUGUCAAUGUAAGAUGUUUGAGUUUAGGGGAAUUUUGUGCAGACAUAUUCUUAUGGUGUAUAGAAGAAUGAAAGUGGAUCAAGUGCCUGAGAGAUAUAUCUUGGACCGUUGGCGCAAAGAUUUGAAACGAGGUUAUCAAAACAUCACCAAUAUUUAUGAUUCUUAUGUGUCUGAAAGUCAAAGAAAAAGGUAUAACAGUCUAACUCCAAUGAUGCAUUUGUUCCAACAACUUGCAUCACAAUCUGAAGAUAAGACCUCAGUUGCGUCUAGACUUUUGGAAGACAUGAUUCAAAAGUUGAUGUUGGAUUUUGAUAAUGCAUCUACAAGUUCCACACCAGCAACUACUCCUCCAACCGAGAAAGUGAUUCACUCUCCGGUUAGAGUGAGGGCUCGAGGUAGGCCACCAACGAAACGAAAAUUAUCUGUCGUAGAAAAAGUAAUUAACAGGUCCAAACAUUCAACAAAGGUUAGUUUUACCUCUUUGACUCGUUAUAUUGUGUUAGUUGAUUUGUUAUAUUGA